CUCUCGGGACCGGAGCGGCCGCUUGCAGAGCUGUAGCAAGACAGGUGCAGGCGCAGCGGGGCCGGAUCCUCGGUGGCACCGAGCCCAGCUCCUGGGGGAUGGGGCGGGCCGUGUUUCCUUGACCGGCUUUUGUGAGCCUCCGCCCCGACAGAGGAGAGACCAUGGCCCCACAGAGCUCCCAGGCCCCGCUGGAAUUCGGGGGGCCCCUGGGCGCCGCAGUCUUGCUGUUGCUGCUGCCCGCCACCAUGAUCCACCUGCUGCUGGUGGCCCGCUCGGGCCCGGCGCGCCUCCUGGGCCCGCCCCCCUACCUGCCGGGGCUGGAGGCGCUGUGGAGCCCUCGGGCGCUGCUGCUACUGCUCGGCUGGCUCGGCCUGCAGGCGGCGCUCUACCUGCUGCCGGCGCGCCAGGUGGCCGAGGGGCAGGAGCUAAAGGACAAGAGUCGCCUGCGCUACCCCAUUAACGGCUUCCAGGCCCUGGUGCUGACGGCCCUGCUGGUGGUGCUGGGGCUGGCCGCCGGCCUGCCCCUGAGGGCGCUGCCCGACAUGCUGCUGCCCCUGGCAUUCGCGGCCACGCUCACUGCCUUCGUCUUCAGUCUCCUUCUCUACCUGAAAGCUCAGGCGGCCCCCGCCUCAGCCCUGGCCCCCGGGGGGAAGUCAGGCAACCCCAUUUACGACUUUUUCCUGGGACGGGAGCUCAACCCUCGCAUUUACUCCUUCGACUUCAAAUAUUUCUGUGAGCUGCGGCCAGGCCUCAUCGGCUGGGUCCUCAUCAACCUGGCCCUGCUGCUGCAGGAGGCCGAGCUGCGGGGGAGCCCCUCGCUGGCCAUGUGGCUGGUCAACGGCUUCCAGCUGCUCUACGUGGCAGACGCGCUGUGGAACGAGGAGGCUGUGCUCACCACCAUGGACAUCACGCACGACGGCUUUGGCUUCAUGCUGGCUUUCGGGGACCUGGCGUGGGUCCCCUUCACCUACAGCCUGCAGGCCCAGUUCCUGCUGCACCACCCUCAGCCGCUGGGGCUGCCCAUGGCCUCGGCCAUCUGCCUCCUCAAUGCGGUCGGCUACUACAUCUUCCGCGGGGCCAACUCCCAGAAAAACACUUUCCGAAAGAACCCUUCGGACCCGCGGGUGGCAGACCUGGAGACCAUCCCCACGGCCACGGGGCGGAGGCUGCUGGUGUCUGGGUGGUGGGGGAUGGUCCGCCACCCCAACUACCUCGGGGACCUCCUCAUGGCCCUGGCCUGGUCCCUGCCCUGCGGGCUGUCGCACCUGCUGCCCUACUUCUACAUCAUCUACUUCACGGCGCUGCUGGUGCACCGGGAGGCCCGCGACGAGCGGCAGUGCCUGCAGAAGUACGGCCGCGCGUGGCUGGAGUACUGCCGGCGCGUGCCGCACCGCAUCGUGCCCUACGUCUACUGAGCGCCCCGCGCCCCGGCGGAGACCCCUCCUCCCCUGCAUAAACGGCUCCAAGUCGC